CCCGCGUGUCGCGUCAUGGUUGCGCUCGUGUACAGCGCCGCUCAUUCGGACUGGACGCGUGGACAGAUUACGAGAGAGAUGCACCGGAGCACCCACGCCGCACGGUGGCCUGGUACUAGCACACUGCGGCGCACCACACCACACCACACCGUGCACGCUUCGGUUUCGGCCACGGGAAAACGUUUGGGGAUGGAUGCGCUGGGCCUCCUGGGCCGCGUGUGCCGCCUCGGCCACUUCUGCCGCCGCAGCACGGCCACUCCUCCCCCUCCCUCUCCCCGCCCCCCUCCUCGCAGCAACAGCGGCAGAGCCGUGCGCGCCGGAGCCAGAGCCACCUCGUCGUCGGCGCCGCAGGCGAUGGAAGCCAAGCGGGAGGAGGAGCCGAGGGUGGUGACGCUCCGGCCGGUGGAGGCCACGCCGGAGUCCUUCGCGCCCUUCGGGCAGGUCAUCGCCGCCUCCCCCGACGGCGACCAGUUCGGCCCCCACGACGCCCAGCUCGACCUCAGCCGCGGCAUCCCUAGGUUCUACAUCAUGAGAUUGGAGAGUAGGCCGCUCAAGUUCUCGUCCAUCACCCACCACGCCAGCGUCACGCAGUGCCUGGGCUCCAUCGGCGGCCAGGACUGGUACCUCGGCGUGGCCAAGCCUUCCAUCCUUGACGGGGCGACGGAGCAGAGUGGUGGCGGGACUGCCGUGCAGUCGCGCGCUGGGCAUUUCUAUCUGCCUCCCGAUCCGUCCGAGGUCUGCGUCUUCCGGGUCUCUGGUCCCAAGUUUCUCAAGCUGCACGCCGGGACCUGGCACGCCGGGCCGCUGUUCAAGGCAGACGCCGUGGAUUUCUAUAACCUGGAGCUGAGCAACACCAAUGUUGUUGAUCACACCACGCACUACUUCAAGAAGCAGGACGGCGUAACCUUUGUGAUCGAGGACUGAGACGCUGCAUGUCACUGACCACGACCUAUGCACAAAAGCUCAGCGCACCGUGUGCCUCACGGACGCUGUUCGGGCCCUGUCCCUCUGUAUGAUGCACGUCCAGUAUGUAUAUGCAAUAAUGUACUGCAAGUCACGUGUACUUCGUACGCUGCUCCUUUUUGGCUCCUUGAGCGUUUAUUUGUGUCGUUGUUUC